AUGUACGCGGAGGUCGAGGCUCAUCCUGAAUUCCCGUACGUCACUUGGCGCCUGGAGCCCGCGCAGAAGGGCAAGGUCGCCGUCGCUGCCGCCCGUGGCGGCCCGCUCGAUAUUGCCUACGAGGUCCACGGCCAUGGCCCCGUCCACAUUGUGUGGAUUAUGGGCCUGGGCGGCUUCAAGACGGCGUGGCAGAGACAAACCAAGGAUUUCUCGCACACGCAAGCCGACAAGUACUCGUCGCUGAUCAUCGACAAUCGCGGUGUAGGCGAGUCUGACAAGCCCAUGAUGCGCUAUUCGACCUCGGAAAUGGCCCGCGACGUGAUUGAGGUCCUUGAUCAUAUCGGUUGGGCCGAGAAGCGCCAACUCCACGUCGUUGGCAUCAGCAUGGGCGGUAUGAUUGCGCAGGAAGUGGCGUUCCUCAUCCCUGAGCGCGUUGCGACACUAUCCCUGGUAUCCACGGCGUCUGGGCUCUUCAAUACCGUCGGCUUCGUGGAGAACAUCCGGAACCGCGUCAACCUCUUCAUCCCCCGCAGCAUUGACAACCAGCUCGCGCACGUCAAGCGCAAUCUCUUCACUGACAAAUGGCUGGAGUCGCCCGACGAUCACGAGUAUACGAAGCAGCGCUUCCCAACAAACUGCGACCGGUUUGCGGCUGGUGAAAUUAGUAAGCGCAAGGAUCCUGCUCACUUCAACCGCACCGGCUUCAUGGCGCAAGCCGUUGCCGCGGGCUGGCACUACAAGAGCCCAGAGCAGUUGGGUGAAAUCGCGGACAAGGUAGGACGCGAGCGGAUAAUGGUGGUGCAUGGCACCGAAGACCGCAUGAUCACCUUCCCUCAUGCAAAGGUGCUGGUAGAGGGGCUAGAGGGCAUUGGCGAGCAGCAGAAGGGAGAGGUGGAGAAACGCCUCAUCGACGGUCAAGGCCACUGCAUACCCAUUGAGAUGAGGGAGGAGUUCAAGACUUGGCUUGAGGGACUGAUUGCUAGAGGCGAGGAGUUGAACAAGAGCGGUGCAUGA